AUGGAGGAGCGAGGAAGCAAAGGAGGGGCGGGCUGCGGAAAAGCAGAACGACCCCCCCGGGUGUGUGGGGGCGCCCAGGCGCUCUGUGCACUCAACGUGAACUCGUUCGGGCCCGAGGGCCAGACGGCGCUGCACCAGUCGGUCAUCGACGGCAACCUGGAGCUGGUCAAGCUGCUGGUCAAGUUCGGCGCCGACAUCCGCCUGGCCAACCGCGACGGCUGGAGCGCGCUGCACAUCGCCGCCUUCGGGGGCCACCAGGACAUCGUGCUGUACCUGAUCGCCAAGGCCAAGUACUCGUCGGGCAGCCGCGGCUGA